AUGCUAGCAGCUGCAGCGUCUCUACUCAACGUCGACGUCGUCAUCCUCGAUGCUGGUGACCACACGCCCGCGAAACAGCUCGUUGCUCCUCGGCGUCCAGGUCUGUCUCAUGUGGACGGAUCCUUCGCGGAUCCUGUGAAGAUCCGCGAGCUCGCUGCAAAGGUCGACGUGCUCACUGUAGAGAUCGAGCACGUCGACGCCGCUGUGCUUGACGAGGUGCAGGGCACACUACCUCUCGGGGUGCAUCCAAGUCCGUCUACUAUCCGGAUCAUUCAAGAUAAAUUCAUACAAAAAGAACACCUCUCCGCACACGCCCUCCCCGUCUCGGAGUUUAUUCGUGUAGACUCAACUCCUGAGGCAGUCCGGGUAGCCAUCGACAAGCUCGGACUGCCUCUCAUGCUCAAAAGCCGGACUCUCGCGUACGACGGACGGGGCAACUUUGUGAUCCGUGAGCCGGAACAGAUUGACGCGGCAUUGUCUUUCCUUGGGGACAGACCAUUGUAUGCGGAAAGAUGGGUACCGUUUGUCAAAGAGAUUGCGGUCAUGGUCGUCCGUUCCGCCACCGGCGAAGUCUGCUCCUACCCGGCGGUCGAGACGGUGCACAAAGAAAAUAUAUGUCACUUGGUAUUUGCACCUCUACGUAGCCCCGACCCUGCGGUCCUAUGUCGCGUCCGAACUGUUGCGGAGAAGGCUGUCCACACUUUCCAAGGAGCUGGUGUUUUUGGUGUCGAAAUGUUCCUCGUAGAAGACGGCUCUGUAUACUUGAACGAGAUCGCGCCGCGACCUCACAACUCUGGCCACUAUACUAUCGAAGCAUGUGAGACAUCACAGUAUGAAAAUCACCUCCGUGCCAUCCUCUCCCUCCCUCUGGGCUCUACCGCACUCAAAGUCCCCUCCGCCAUCAUGCUUAACAUCAUCGGCGCAUCCAACGACAUGCACGAGGUCACUGCCCUUGCGAAUCACGCCCUCGCCGUACCCGGAGCUCGUGUGCACCUCUACGGCAAGUCCGACUGUCGCAAGGGCCGCAAGAUGGGACACAUCACCCUCGUUGCCGGCUCAGACGCUGAAGCGCGACACAGAUUGCGUCCCCUCCUCGAACGUCUCCCUUCUAUCUCCUCUCCCCCAUCCCCCAGCGAUCUGGCCGAAAUCAAUAUGUACGCGCCAGUCCCGCCAAUGCCAGGCGCGGGCCUCGCGCACCGCCAGCCGCUCGUAGGAAUCAUCAUGGGUAGCGACUCGGACCUGCCCGUGAUGCUCCCCGCAGCACGCAUCCUCGACCGUUUCGCCGUGCCGUACGAGCUCACGAUUGUCUCUGCGCAUCGCACACCGGACCGCCUCGUCACAUAUGCACGCGCUGCCGCCUCUCGUGGGCUUCGUGUCGUCGUCGCCGGUGCGGGCGGCGCCGCGCAUUUACCUGGGAUGGUCGCAGCGCUGACGGCCCUACCUGUGAUCGGCGUGCCAGUGAAGGGUAGCUCCCUAGAUGGGGUCGAUUCGUUGCACAGUAUUGUGCAGAUGCCGAGGGGCAUUCCCGUCGCGACUGUGGCCAUCAACAACGGAAUGAACGCCGGGCUGUUAGCAGUGCGGGUUCUUGCCGUAGGUAUGCCCGAGUUGGUCGAUGCGAUGGACGCAUAUUUGAAGGGUCUAGAAAACGAAGUACUCGCGAAAGUGAAUGAAUUGGAAACAGUCGGGUGGGAGAAGUAUAUUGUGAAGAAGUCAUAG